UCUGGGACGCUAAGUAGCGCCAUCUGCACUUGCUAGCUUUUCAAAUACUUCUUUUCCCUCCGCCCUCCAGGACGUCAUCACACCCUGCAGUUCAUCCUCUGAAGGCUUUGUCGACUUAUCUCCCUCCUCAAACGACUUAAGCAGAGAUUUCUGAAUUUCUGAAGACGACAUCAAGAUCCAGACUCGUGGAGAUUUUCAGCAAGGCUCAGCCACACCCGGAGAGAUGGGGAGUGAGUACAAGAGAAUUAUUCUGCUGAAGGGACUGGAGGUCAUCAACGAGUACCAGUUCAGCAUAGUCAAGUCCCUGCUGGCCCGCGAUCUGAGACUCACCAGAAAAAUGCAAGAAGAGUAUAACAAGGUCCAGAUUGCUGACCUAAUGGAAAGGAAGUUCCCAGGGCCUGCCUGUGUGGACAAGCUAGUAAAUCUGUUCAAAGACAUAGAAGGGCUUGGAGACAUUGUUAAAACUCUUAAAAAUGAGAAGAAAAAAGUUAUGAGGCAAAGCAGAGCAAGAGGGAAAGAGCCCAGGAAGAAAAGAAAGCGGGAUUCACCCAGUACUGACGAAUCCACAUCUACCAUGAACGAAGCUUCGGGAUCAGUCCAUGACGCAGUCAUGUCCAAGAAAAAGAAAAUCAAAACAACACAAGAAGAUGAAUCUAUGAGGACCCAGCCAACCCAGGAACAGAGUCAGCUUCCAGGACCUUCUGCAACCAGCACACAGUCAACUUGUAGCUACCCUCAGACUCCGCAGAUGCCUGCACCGACCCCAGGCAGCAGUUCUGCAACUAAGAACAAGAAAAUGGAAACCACACAAAAUGAUGGACCUAAGAAGACCCAGCCAACCCAGGGACAGAGUCAGCUUCCAGGACCUUCUGCAACCAGUACACAGUCAACUUGUAGCUACCCUCAGACUCCGCAGAUGCCUGCACCGACCCCAGGCAGCAGUUCCACAACCAAGAAACCAAGAUUGAAGGUUGUACCCACAGAAGCUUCCAUAGAAGAGGGUUUCCAGAAGGGCCCCAAGGAAGUGAUGGUGUUGAAAGCAACAGAACCAUUUACAUAUGAUCCCAUGAAAGCAGAGAAAAAGAUGUUCCAUGCCACCGUGGCUACUGAGAGCCAAUUCUUCCACGUAAAGGUUUUUCAUGUCAGCCUGAAGAAUAAGUUCAUCCCGAAGAAUAUCAUCGCCAUAUCAGAUUACCAUGGUCGCAAUGGGUUCCUGGAGCUGUAUGGUACCUCUCAGGUGUCUGAUGUCAAUUCUGACCAAAAGAUGGAAAUCUCAAGCAGACUAAUCCAAAAUGCAAAAGCAACUCCUAAAAUCAAUACUCUUUACUCACAAAAGCCAGGAACAUUUGUGAGUGGGAUAUAUCAGGUGCAUAAGAAAAACGUGUUGAGUGAGCAAAUCAUUUUGUAUGAAAUACAAGAUAAUACAGGGAAGAUAGAGGUCUUUGUGUAUGGACGACUGACCAACAUCAACUGUGAGGAAGGCGAUAAACUCAAACUCAUCUGCUUUGAACUCAGCACAGAUCCAAGACAGCUGAGAUCUGUAAUUCACAGUUUCAUCAAGGUCAUCAAGCCCAGGAAAAACAAGAAACAACCACUCGGUCCUGAUUCACAUAUGGAAAUCUCACUGUAAUAUCCUUCUAAAAACCUGGAUGCCAUUAACAAUGAUGCUAUGGAGGUAAAAUCUAAGUAUAGAAAAAAAAA